AUGCACCAACACCGCUACCCUACCCGGUCGAAGGGUGCAGCCCCUGAUGCCAUCGCAAGCGACGAUGCUUCUGUGCAGCAUACCCUCCCGUCCUACUCCAUCGGACCCACUCAGAUCUCAAACUCGGACGCUCUCGAUGGGAAGGAGCGAUCGGAUGCGACUGGAGCCCUUGCCAACGACUCGAAUAUCGCGACGACUAUUCCAAGACUCUUCACCUUGCCGCCAGAGGUCCAGAAUAUCAUAUACGAGCUUGCUGUCAUUGAGGCCGAGCCCAUUGAAUUGCAUCUCUGGCCCGCGACACGAGAUAGAAAUGCAACAGUCUGGCGCAUCAGGACAUCUGUCGGGUUCUGGUUCCGCGUACCGCACCCCAGGCCAUCUGUUCUGAUGGUCUGCAAGUACUUGCGCCAAACUGUGGCACCCAUCUAUUUCUCUGGCAACACAUUCCUGACACGCGCAAUGCACACCGCAGGACCCCUACGACGUAUGUGGGGGGAAGACGUAAAGCACAUCCGAAGCAUCUUCAACACUAUCGAAGUCGACAUAGCCUGGUGGGACACUCAUGAUGGUCAGCAUCCCGGGCACUGGAGAGAGGAGACAGUGGCCAUCGACACCCAGAUGAAUCUGCUGCCAGACGGUAGUCUCGCCAUAAAGCGCCAAAGCUCUGGCACGUAUCUGUCCAAAACCCUCGCAUACAAGGGGGAAAUGUGUCAGUGCAAACUGGAAAGAGUCAUGGCAACGCCUUCUGCACCAGCCAAGGACAGCCGUCGCUUGUUUGAGGUUGUUGUGUCGUGCGCCAAGGAACAUCAGAAACUUUCCAAGGUCAAGACAUGCGGCCAAUGUGGUGAGGAGAUGAGGGCGUACGGCAGUGAGUUUCCUUUGAUGCGAAGAUUCGGCCAGAAGGGGGGGAAAGAAUCGGAGCAUGGGAAGAGCCAAUGUCUUGCCUCACGCGCUUCCUUUUGA